GCUCCCGCUGCCACCCGGCCAAGAUGGCCGCCGCCCCGAAAGGAGGAGCCGGUGCCACUCACCAUAGAGAUAAAGGUCUAUGAAGUAUCCGCCGACAUAGCCAUGAGAGAGCGCCGGAAGUACACACAGUGGCGACUGUGAGCUAGAAGGGAGACGGGCGUGGUGACGUCAUUACCUAGCGACAAAGUGCCUGUGAAUUGGCUAUAGCCCCCGAGGGGGCGUUGAAUCGCGCCGGCUGUUGCAAGUUGAGAAAUGACCACCACCAACAAGACCCCUCCUGGUGCAGAUCCGAAGCAGCUGGAAAGGACAGGAACUGUUCGUGAAAUAGGAUCACAAGCUGUUUGGUCACUUUCCUCUUGUAAACCAGGAUUUGGUGUGGACCAGUUACGAGAUGAUAAUCUAGAAACAUACUGGCAGUCUGAUGGAUCACAGCCUCAUUUGGUGAACAUACAAUUCAGAAGAAAAACAACAGUGAAGACACUUUGUAUUUAUGCAGACUAUAAAUCGGAUGAAAGUUACACUCCAAGCAAGAUCUCCGUCAGAGUAGGAAACAACUUUCAUAACCUACAGGAAAUCCGGCAACUUGAAUUAGUGGAACCAAGUGGUUGGAUUCAUGUGCCCUUAACAGAUACUCACAAGAAACCUAUUCGCACUUUUAUGAUACAGAUUGCUGUUUUAGCUAAUCAUCAAAAUGGAAGGGACACUCAUAUGCGACAAAUUAAGGUUUAUACACCAGUGGAAGAAAGUUCUAUUGGUAAAUUUCCGAGAUGUACCACAAUUGAUUUCAUGAUGUAUCGGUCAAUCAGGUAAACAACAGAUAAUUUUAUAUUUGUGCCAUUGUAUUUUUUUGUAAUUUUUUUGAAUAAAGGCUGAAAAUAUA